AUGUCGCUCACGCGCCCCACGCAGCGGGUUGCCGAGCUCAGGGGGCCGGCCUCCUCUUUCCCGCUUCCCGAGGAGGACCCCGAUUCCCAGCCACCCAGCAGCAAGCGGCUCCGUGUAGAGGAACCUGACCGUGUCUCUGAGGCGGAGUGGCGGCUGCCUUUGGUGCCUGUCUUGUCUGAGGUGGAAAAGGCCCGGCAGUUGUCUCCCAGACCCUUUGAGGCGCGCCUUGUUUCAAAGGAUGCCUUUUUUGAUAACUCCACAGACUUCUGUGUGGAGAAGUCAGGUAGUGGGAAGCCCAUAUGUAAUCUGGGAUGCCAAAAUUGCAAAAUUCAGAAGAAUAGCGGUCCGCAGUCUCUUCCCUCACCAAGUUUUGAUUCUGACUUGAGGGCUUCGGGAAGGUCUGAACCAAGACCUCAUGACAAAGAGGUUUUUGGUGUGCACUGCGGUGACAGACCUAAAGCAGCGGUGAGCCAACUUCUGGUCAACACCUCCAAACACGGUGUACAUGAAGUGAAACAUGACGAUCGAAAACAAUGUUUAGUCCAAGAGAGAGACAAUAUUCUGAAAGACAAUAGUUAUAUAAAACAGACAGAAAAUCCAUUUUUAGAUGUUACCUUUUACGAGGAAACUAAAUCAACAUUUCAUGAAAUGAAGAACAGAUGUAAAGCCGACAAUGUUAUGCCAUCCAAUAAAAAAGAACAUAACAUUUCAUCGUCUGUACUAAAAAUAUCCAAAUCUCAAAACCAGCCCAGCUUGGAAAUUGCCAAACCCAGCUCUUUCAGAGAUGGCAGCACAAUAAGUAUCCCGAAGUUUCCAACGUACUUAAAUAGAAAAAUGUCCUCUGUCUAUUUAGAGGAAAUAGCAAAGAAAAAGAAUGACAAAAACGAGGCAUAUGUUAGGGAUUUCACAAACAUUUACUGGUCCCAAAAUAGACCUGAUGUUAAGAAGCAACAGCUACAGGCUAAUAAAAAAAUUGUGGUUACAGAAAAUAUUUUUCCUGAGUGUUAUGGAAGUAACUACCAGGCACUCAGCAACCAAAAGAACUGUGAGAGAAAAAAAGUCUUGAUCAGUUCAAACUACUAUAAUCACAGUAGUAUCAAGUGUGAUGUAAGAGGCUCUACAAAGAAUUUGACUCUAGUACUAGAAAAUGCAAAUUGGCAGGAAGCAGAAACAUGUCUCAACAGUUACAUACCUAUCCCUUUGGAAAAAUCUGAAAGCUGGGACUAUAACAUUAGACAUAUUUUGAGAAGAAAUAGUGAAAAUUGUUGGAUUAUGAAUAAUUACAAGAUGAAAUGUGAAAAUAUAAAAACAACUGAAGAAAAAUUGAAUUUGCUACAUUUAUUCAAAAUAGACCUUUUAAGUGAGGAAGAUUAUCACAAUACAGAAGUCAUGAAUGUGUGUAAAGAACAAUUAAAGCCUCUGAUGAUAGAAAUACUGGAUAGCCAAAAAACUUUAAUAAAAAUUGCUUGGUUAAAUGGUAAAGAAGAAAAUGAUAAUAUGUCACAGCUGAGAUAUGAUACUGCACAAAAAGACUUUCAUUUAAGCAAUAUUUUUGAAAGUUUUAUUACAGGAAUUCUUCAUUUCCUUAAAAGUAUUUCAGGAAAUCAAAAAGACAAUAGUAUUUUAACAUGGUAUAAAAUUUUGACAUGUGAAAAGCAAACUGGUGUUCAAGAUCUAAUAACGAGGAAUAAGAACGUCAAUAUAAAGAGUGGCAUUUUAAGCAUAUAUUUACUAACCAAUGUUUCAGAACCUUUAAAUAUCAUAUUGAAAACCAACAUAGCUUCUUUGCUCAGUGACUUUGACUCUUUAACAAGAAUUGAAAAUGAUAUUGAAUUAGAAGAGGGAUGUAUUUUCAAAAGAAUAGUGUAUUUGAAUCAUCAAAAAAAUCUUAUUGUGGAAAAUUAUCCUGCACAUCUAGUAAGAAUUUUAACUUUUUCAAGACCAUUAGAAGAUAAUAUGAAACCUAUUGUAAAGAAGAGAAAGCUAUUUAAAACCGAACAAGUUUUUGAAGGGUCUAAGAAAAAACCUAAUUCCUUCAGUAUGACAACUACAAAUAUACAUUUUCCAAUUUUUGAAACAUAUGAAAAAAUUCCUCUUUUAAUGGACUUUGAUGACAUGGAAGAAACUUAUUUGACAAAAAAGUUUAGUUAUAAGAAUGUGAGUUGUCCUGAACAACUCAUGAAUGUGGAAAAUUUGGCUCACUGUAGUUCUAGUAUUGUUAAGACAUAUGUUAAGUCUUGUCCUCAAUUUAUAUGGAACAACCAUUUAUAUGUUAAUGGAAAAUUUUAUAAAAUAAAUAUGCACAACCAAGAUUUAGACACUGAAAGAAAACAGGAGCAUAGUAAGAUCAGUAGCUUUAAUUCUCAGUGCAUAUUUGAAGAUUUUUUCAAUAUUAGGCAACAGGCCAUACUGACAAGCUAUAAUACAAUACAUAGUAAACAGACCAAUACUAUGACUAUAACUCAGGUGCUAAAUUUCAGGAACUCACAAAGUGAAAUAGGAGAAAAAAAAGAAAACUUAAUUUUAAAGGAGCAAGUAAAAGUCACAGCACAAUGUUUAGCGAAUAGUUGCCAAGUUCAUAAAGAUAUUAAGAUAGAAAAUGAAGAGAAAGAUAGUUUUUCCCCAAUGGAUGAUAUGUUUUCUGUGCAGUCAGUUUCAUUAAUGAGUAAGAAAGUAAAUGGGGAAGAAACUAAAUAUGUUAAUGAAAAUUACAUAGCCAACAGAAAUGAAUGUGAGAGCAUUUUGCAAAAAAGUCAGUUAGCUAAUUCAAAGCAUUUUUAUCCAAAAAAUGACUCUACAUUAUGUGUUAAUCAUCAAUUUGAAACUGAUUUAAGUGAAGAGAACAAUGAAUGUUUUCAGGACUUAACUGCUAAAUGUUUGUCAACAGAAGCUCUGACAAUAGACAAAGAUUUUGAGAUGAAGAGUAAAUUUGAUUUAGUUCUUGAAGAACUUCGUAUGUUUCAUGAAAUUAGUAAGGAAGACGAAAUUCUAAGCACUGUGGAAGCAAACAAUGGGCAACAAAAUUACUUUGGAGAAAAUAAUGAUGUUGAGGAGGAAAAAAAGGAGAUAGAAAAAGAUUUGAAAAUGGUUGCAGUUGACAAAAUAUGUGCAUCUUCUUUGCUCUGUGAUACUAUAGCGGGUUCUAAUAUGCAUAAAAGACACCAAAGUUUAUUUAAAUGGAAAACAGUACCCAAUAAUGGAGAACAGCAAGUUCCUAAUAAGUAUAGAUGUCUGAAAACAUCAGAGGAAGAAUUACUCUAUUCUACUUCUGAGGAAGAUUGUGAAAAACCUUUACCUAAAAGACCCGCCUUUUUUUCUGAUGAAUGCAAGGAAGAAAAAUUUAAUUAUAUUUCGAGAGGAGGUAGUCAUUUUUCACACGGCAUUUCAAGAAUACAACCUCUUAAGACAUGCAGUCGACCAAUCAGGAUUGGUUUGUCAAGGAAAGCUAGACUUAAACAACUUCAUCCAUAUCUGAAAUAA